AUGCCUGAUCCAUCUGGCAGCCUCGGCAACGUAGGUAGUCGAGCUAAGCACACCACAAGGCUCUGCCAUGAACGCCCGAGACCCGAAGCGCCAAUGCCCUGCAUUAAGUCCGUCGACGACUCCGAAAAGGACCACAGCUUGGGCGACAACGCCGAGCAGGAUGCUGUUAGCACUAGGGGCACGCCAACUACACAGGUCGAUAAUGACGAGGGUAUGCUUGACGAGGUGCUGGAGAACAACGACCUAGAAACGGAGCACUCCCGGUAUCUCGACGUGGACGGGAAGAAGGUGCACAAGGCAUCAGCCGCACACAUCUUUACCGGACUUAUUCCCACACCGGUUGGAAGGACAGGGUACUUCGCGUGA